AUGGGCUUUGGAGGCACGCUCCGUGGAUUCUUCGAGCGUGGCGAGUUCCAGGAAAACGCGCCGAUGUUUGAAGCGGCCAUACGCUUUAGGUGGGAGGCAGCCCUUCUCGCAGACUACAUUCUCGAGUUGUUUGACCUUCCUGCUCCUGGUAAGGAGAUUUGCAUCAUGUGGAACCGGGUUUUAUGGAUUGAACAUAAACUGGAGACAAUGCCAAUACCCGAUUUGGAGGCACGUUGGAAGAAGAUGUACAACUCCCUUUCCGGUUAUUUUGAAACUCCUUGCUUGAGAGAGCAAGGCCCACCUUUUUACCGACCACUGCAUUAUUUGAUCGCGACCUGUUUGGAAGCUGACAAACAGGAGCAUGAGACAACUGCUAUAAUCUCUGCCAUUGGAGAUUUCAUGAGCACAGUUCGGAUGUUUUACCAGCAACGUCUAUGUGAGGACCAAGAAGUUCGUGGUAGAGGCCGCGAGUGGCUAAAAUCCAUCGGUCGACGGGCUCGCAAGUCCCUCUCGCCGCGUAAAAUGACACGCCACUCAACGUCCGUCUCUUGCUAA